UUCAGCUGGCACACGCAGCGCUCUGGGAGGAGCUGCUCUCUGCUGUCAGACUGACAAUUGUGCUGUUUUAGGGCUACUAUCAAGAUCGUUUCGACAUGGGAAUCGCAUCUAGUAGAGAAAUAUUACGGUUCAGAACCUCAGCAAAUUAAUUUGAGGUUUGAUUUACUCAAAAAUGAUCGACUUUAAAUAUCUCCUCGUCGGCUGAGCUCUUAUUGAAUGGACAGUACUCACAUUAUCCUUAUCGUAAUGGAUAAAAAUGCAUCCUUCAUCCUAAAACUUGUCCUUGUUAGCAUAUGCGCAAAUAAUUGGAUUAUAAGUCAACUUACAGCAGGUGCAUCAAAUACAGGACGCUCAUUGAAGACAAUAAGAUGUAAUGAAACCAGUCUCUUGUUAGGAAUGCAGUUAUGUGGAGAAUACUUCAAGGAUCAAAUGAAACCGAUAGACCAAAAAAAUUGGUGCAACCUGUCAUAUUUUAUCUGGGAAUACCAUCAUUUUUCUACAUGCACUGAAAAUUUCACUGUUAGUGAAGGAUGUUUCUGGCCUAACCCCCUUGUGCAAAGCUACAUAAUUGACAUUCACAAACACUAUUUCUCAAACUGUUCUUUGGACCAAGUGAUUUGGGAAGAUCCUCCAGAUGACACGCUUGCCAUUCUUAUUUUAAUUCCUGUAAUUCUGACAAUUUUAAUGAUAGCCCUUGUUGUCUGGUGCAGCAAGCGAAAUGACAUUUUUUUGUAAUAGAGACUUUUAAGACUGAAGUAAAACUUACAUAACUCUUUCAUCAAUAAAAGGAUCAGUUCAUUAGAAUUUCAAAAUGUUUAAUAUUAGUGGAUUCAGACUUUUCAAAAAAUACAGUUUGGAUAGAGUGCUUUUUUUAACCUCGAAGAAACUGACUUUAAAAAUGUCAAGACAUGUAAAUAUACAUCUUUUUUUAAAUUUUUUUUUUCUGAGAAGGCAACAGUUAAUCUUUUCUUACAUUAAUUUUCUUCUUAUGCUAAUGGAUGCACAUCUCAUGAUUGCUGUCUUCAUGACUAAUGAGUUGCUAUGGACUAGGCAUUGGAUUAAGUUUGCAGUACAGUCAUUAUACUGUAGUUUUAUGCUUUAUCUAUGCUUUUAUCUCAGGCUUAAAAUGAAUAAUACAAUUGUAAGAGAUUAUGUUAUUGACAACAGAAUGUUUUAAGUAUUUUAAUUGGGGAAUACUUAAGACAAAGGGAUAUAAUAAUAAUUUGCAUUUUUUUCUCCUUAUGAAGUUUUUUUUCAUUUUUUUUAUAUAUCAUAGCUGGAGCACAUUCAAUUUGAUUUGUCACUAUUAUGAUGUAUAUAUAUUUCUUGUUUUUAUCUAUAAUGUUUUCUGUUAUAUUCAUGGCGUUCUUAGAUAGCUGGUUAUACAGUAAUUCAUUGUUUAGAAAAAUACAUUAUUUCUCAAUAACUGUCCUUUAAUAUUGUAUUUGAAAUGGUUUGAUU